UCUGUGGUAUGCAAAGGGUGUUGCGAUAAUGCGCCGCAGCUGAUAUGGCCUCGGUGAUGUCAGCACUUUCCGCGCUGCCUGCGCACGUUCCUAGUUCGCGAGGCAGUCGCGUCGCAACGCGUCUCCCCUCGUGUCGCAGCCUAAUAUUGUGCGCUUUGUAAAGAAAGAGCAUGCCCGUACGCUUCAGCGCUACCAACUGUACAAGUCUUCCACUUCGCUUGACUUGUCGCACCCUCCAGCCAAUUCGCCCGCAAUUGCUUUCCUCGAUUGCUCCUCGCCGCCAGCAGCUUGGGAGUGCACAGCUCUCCACAUUGACGAUCAUGCCGCCGAAACAGGCUACUCUGGGGCAUGUCAAGCCUUCUCAGACUACACUUGGGAAACUCUUUGGCAAGAAUGGCGCGCCAGCAGUGAAGCAACAGUCGAAGUUAUCAUUCUCCACGAAGAGCAAGACCGAGAAGAAGGAUGCAGAACCGAAAGAAGAGCCCGAGUCUUCGUCAGCAGAAGUGAAAUCGGAGCCUACUGCCACAGCAGAGUCGAAUACAAAGGUCAAAGAAGAAGCCAAUGGCGAGGCAAUGGACGUGGAUAGCCCUCCCGCGGAAGCUGGCAAGAAGAGACAGGUCAAGGAGGAGGAAGAAGACUCCGAGGACGAGCCUCCCACAAAGCGACAGCGACGGAAACCGGCGAAGGAGACCGAGUCAAAGAAAGCUAAACCAGCACCGAAGAAAGCUGAGAAGCAAGCUGCGACACCAAAGAAGCCAGCUGCGAAAUCAAAGGCGGUGAAGGAAGACGGAGAGGAAGGUGAAAAGGAGGCGCCGAAGCCGAAUAAGUCUACAGAGGGCAAGAAAGAGGCACAAAAGUCACCGACACCAGUCGCAGAGAACGAUGCUACAUCAGAUGCUGCAUCAGAUGCGCAAGAGGAUGACAUUCUGAGCUCAGGUGAAGAACCAGAGGAGGUCAAGAAAGAGGCACGCAAGAAGGUCCAAGCUACGCUUACCUCCACAACCAAGGAUUUGUACCCAGAUUGGAAGGCUGGCGAGCCAGUGCCGUACGCUGCGCUCUGUACAACAUUCUCCAAGAUCGAGAUGACUACAAAACGACUUGAGAUUCUCGCUCACUCUUCACUAUUCCUGCGACAAGUCAUGCGAUUGACCCCUGCAGAUCUCCUUCCAACAGUAAUGCUCAUGAUCAACAAACUGGCAGCCGACUACGCCGGCAUCGAGCUUGGCAUCGGAGAGUCGUUGAUUAUGAAAGCUAUCUCUGAAAGCACUGGGAGGACUCUGCAACACAUCAAAAGUGAUCAGCAAGAGAUUGGGGAUCUUGGUCUAGUCGCAGCGAAGAGUCGAUCGAAGCAGCCCACGAUGUUCAAGCCGAAGCCGUUGACCAUAGCCGGUGUUCACAAAGGUCUGAUGGCCAUUGCGACCACUACCGAAGGCCAAGGUGCUCAAGGGAGGAAGGUCGACGGUAUCAAGAAGCUGCUCUCGUCAGCCGAUGCACACAACGCUGGAAAGGCGAUCGACAUUGAGGAGAACAAGGGCGGUGCCAGCGAGGCGAAAUUCAUCGUCCGGACGCUGGAGGGCAAGCUACGUCUGGGGCUUGCAGAGAAGACCGUCGUAGUUGCACUCGCACAGGCUGUCAAGUUCCACGAGCUGUCACAAAAGGGCAAUACUCCGUCAACAGAUGACCUGGCUAAGGCCGAGGCAACGUUGAAGACUGUCUACAGCGAGCUUCCUAGCUACGAGGUUAUUGUUCCGGCGAUGCUCGAACACGGUCUUUCUAACCUGCGGGAUAACUGUAGGCUACAGCCUGGCGUACCGUUGAAGCCCAUGUUGGCGAAACCGACAAAAUCAAUCACCGAAGUCCUCGAUCGAUUUGAGGGCAAGGAUUUCACGUGCGAGUACAAGUACGACGGUGAGCGAGCUCAGAUUCAUUACGUUGCGCACGACUCUACGGAGGAGAUGGCGACGGCAGCUCCCGCAGCUGGCAAGAGUGAUCGCGGCGUAUCCAACAUCUUCUCCCGAAAUUCAGAAGAUUUAUCGAAGAAGUACCCAGAUAUCCUUGCGAAGCUGCCGACAUGGGUUAAGGAAGGGACAAAGAGCUUCGUCCUCGAUUGUGAGACUGUUGCCUGGGACAUGGUCGAGAAGAAGGUAUUGCCUUUCCAGCAGCUCAUGACCAGAAAGAGGAAGGACGUGAAGGUCGAGGAUGUGAAGGUCAAGGUCUGCGUCUUCGCCUUCGAUAUCCUCUACCUGAAUGGCGAGGCGCUUGUGACCAAGUCCUUCCGUGAGCGCCGUGAGGCACUUGUCGACGCCUUCAUCCCUGUUGAAGGUGAAUUCGCCCUCGCGAAGUUCGGCAACACCAACGAACUCGAAGAGAUCCAGACGCUCCUCGAAGACUCUGUCAAGGAGGGGUGUGAAGGCCUCAUGAUCAAGAUGCUUGACGGCCCUGAGUCAUACUACGAGCCCUCGAAACGCUCGCAGAACUGGCUCAAAGUCAAGAAGGACUACCUGGCUGGCGUCGGCGAUUCUCUCGAUCUCGUCGUGCUCGGUGCAUACUACGGCAAGGGCAAGCGAACAAGCUGGUACGGCGCCUUCCUGCUUGCUUGCUACAACCCGAGCACCGAGAAAUACGAGACGGUGUGCAACAUCGGCACCGGCUUCUCAGAAGUCAUCCUCGAGCAAUUCCACAAGCAACUCUCAGACAUCGUCAUCGACCGCCCCAAGCCCUUCUACACACACAGCGCCGGCAACAAAGACCAGCCUGAUGUGUGGUUCGAACCUCGGUACGUGUGGGAGGUCAAGACUGCUGAUCUCACGCUUAGCCCGAGGUACAAGGCGGCUGCUUCGGAGGUUGGUGGCGGUGGAAAGGGUAUUUCACUCAGAUUCCCGCGGUUCAUCAAGGAGAGGGAUGAUAAGAAGCCGGAUCAGGCGUCCACGGCGAAGCUGAUCGCAGAGAUGUAUCAGAGGCAGGAAAGUGUGGGGAAGAAUAAGGGGCCGAGUGCUGACGAUGACUUUGAGUACUGAGAACCCGGAAGAGGAGGAUGGAUUUACGAUAUCUAGUAUAAUGCAUGACAGACAAAGACUUGCUGUAACCGCC